UCCAUUGAAAGCUCAGCUUUUGUCUGUAGCUGAUCUGGGUGCAAUGGUUUUGGUACCUAUCAGGUGUAAAGUUUGCUGAACUUUUCCAGUCAGAUUGCGUAAGGUGAGCCAACUGAGAUGUCUAUGGUGUUCACUGUGAUUUCUGCUGUUAAUUGUUGGUUUUCUUCACUUAGGCCAUGAACUAGAUUAAUUUUUUUCUCACAAACUGAUGUGGAUGAUCUGCCACUGUGGGCUGCUUCUUCAACAUUACCUUGUCCCUUCUUAAAACGAGUUAUCCAUUUGCAAACUGAUUUCUUGGAGCAUUGUCCCCAUACUUUUCAUAAAGCAUCAAUUAUUUCACCAUUCUUCCACCUCAGCAUCAACAUAAAUUUGAUAUUUUUUCUUGCUUCCAUUUUAGCAGAAUUCAUGUUGCUCUGACAGCCUCUUUUCAAACUGAUGACUUAUUCUUCUUAGUGCUUCAAACUAGAUCCUUAUUAUAUACAUCUUCAACUUCUUGAUCAAAUGAGUAUGCCAAAUGAUAUUCUCUAAGAAAAAUGCCCUUCAAUUUAAUUCCUUCCCUGCAUAUCGUGAGUAAUUAUCUUCCAAGAUCCAUGUAUCUUUUCCUGACAUCUCUGAGAGUAUAAUUCCUUAUUUCCUUCAUUGUGGCAAAGUGUUUCAGAAAAGGGUAGCUUGAAUUAAAAGUCAGCAUAUCCUAUUUGACUCCCACUCCUCUGGUAUCACAUACCUAUAGCCAACCAUGCCAAGAGCUUCUCUAUUAUCUCCAUAUGGGAGAACCCUUCCUCCUGAUAUCCUCCAGUUUCAGAGACAGCACCUGGAGACCCAUUGGCAGGCUCCCGGAUUUGCCUCAAUUUUGGUCCUGCCUCUCUGCUUUGCAUUUUUAGGCUCAGCAUCACAAUAAAGGCAAUGGUGCCAGACUGGGCCAGAAUAGGUGAAAACAAGAGGAAAAUAAACCAGUUGCAGCAAAACCCACUAUCCCACAACUUUUUUUUUUUUUUUUUUAAAUUGGGCUAGUUUCUCAGUGUUCCUGAACCAGAAGAUUUCAUUAAAGUUGAUUUAUUAACCUUUUAUUGAAAGAUUGCUAAAGAAACUAAUCUCUGAUUUAUAAUGUGUACAAAACUACUAUAAAUAUUUCAGUAGUAACCCAAGAGCCAGUAACUGCUAGCAAUGUUUAUUAAGUUUCUAAGGAGAUGAGAAUGAGAUGCAUCAUAAGAGAGGUAAGACAGUAACCCAGUAGAUUAACAAUUACACUGAUUCUGUGUGCUGAUAAGUGUGAGGAAGGAUUUUUAAACUCAUGGAAAGAGAAAACAAGUAGUGAAACAAUAGGUCAUUAUACUCAAUUUUAAGAAAUCAUAUCACAUUAAAGUUCUAUAAAUGAGAUAUUUUGUUGCCUUCAGUAACAACAUAUUUUUUGCAGCAUUUUUGAACCUGCACUUGAAAGACUUUCCAAUUCCUCUCUCUGUGAUAUUAUUUUUACUUGGAUGCAGUUUUGAACUACUAAGCUUUACAUCUUAUGAGGUCCAAAGAUACGCAAAAGACAUACAAUGGAUGAGUCCAGACUUAUUUUUUCGUCUAUUUAUACCAGUAAUUUUCUUUACUGCUGCAUUUAACAUGGAUAUAUACACGUUUCAAAAGUUAUUUUGGCAGGUACUUUUAAUUACAGUUCCCGGGUUUUUGGUUAAUUAUAUCUUAGUUCUUUGGUAUCUGGCAUCUGUAAAUAAAUUAUUUUUGGAGCCCACCCCAAGGUUGUUAUUUUCAGCUAUCCUUGUGAGUUCAGAUCCCAUGCUAACUGCAGCUUCUAUAAGAGACCUUGGGCUUUCUAGAAGCCUCACCAAUUUAAUUAAUGGAGAAAGUCUGAUGACCUCUGUUCUAUCAUCAAUUACAUUUACUAGUAUUAUGGAUUUUAACAAAGGACUACGCAGUGAAAGGAACCAAACCUUAGCUCAAGGCAUUGUGAGUGCAGUUUGUUCAUAUAUUAUAGCAAGUUUCUGGUUCGGAAUUCUAAGUUCAAAGCUGAUUCAGUUGUGGAUGUCAACUGGUUUUGGUGAUGAUGUCAAUCAUAUGAGUCUCAUCUUUUCAACUCUGUAUCUCAUCUUUUAUAUUUGUGAGUUACUUGGAAUGUCAGGAAUAUUUACUCUGGCCAUUGUAGGACUUCUUUUAAAUUCUACAAGUUUUAAAGCAGGAGCUGAAGCAUCUCUUGAAUUCUGGAAUUGUCUGUCAUUUGUUGCUUUUCUUAUGGUGUUUACUUUCUCUGGACUUCUAAUUCCUGCACAUUCAUAUUUGUAUAUAAAAUUUUCUGAUAUAUACUAUACAUUAAAUAUCUACUUCACACUGAUUGUUAUAAGACUUCUGAUCCUUCUGUUAAUGAGCCCUGUUUUUUCUCGGGUUGGUCAUGAGUUCAGCUGGCGCUGGGUAUUCAUGAUGGUCUGGAGUGAAAUGAAAGGGACGCCUAAUAUAAGCAUGGCCCUUCUGCUUGCCUACUCUGAUCUUUAUUUUGCAUCUGACAGAGAAAAAUCUCAAAUAUUAUUUCAUGGAGUGUUAUUAUGCCUAAUAACCCUCGUUGUCAAUAAAUUUAUUUUGCCAAAGGCAGUUACUAUACUAGAUCUUCGUGAUAUCACGUCAACAAAAUAUAAAUCGGUUUGUUACACAUUUCGACACUUUCAAGAGCUAACCAAGUCUGCAGCCUCUGCACUUAAAUUUGACAGAGAUCUUGCUAAUGCUGAUUGGAACAUGGUUGAGAAAGCAGUUGUACUUGAAAACCCCUAUGUGUUGAGCCAAGAAGAAACAACAGAACAUCAGAAGGUGAAAUGUUCACACUGUCACAAAGAAAUAGUUGAGACCUUUAACAUUGAAGCAAUGGAGCUGGCCAACAGGCGUCUCUUGUCGGCACAAAUAGCAAGCUACCAGAGACAAUACAGGGAUGAGACUCUGUCCCAGAGUGCUGUCCAGGUGUUGGUAGGUGCAGCAGGAAGUGUUGGUGAGAAGAAGGGAGAAUAUAUGAGUCUUGAGACAAUAAGGAAUUAUUCUGAAAGCAAGAAAACACUUACCUUUACUAGAAAACUACUGCUCAAUUGGGUGUAUAAUACUAGAAAGGAAAAAGGAAUCCCAUCAAAAUACUUCUUUUUUCAUAUAUGCCAUAAAAUAGUAUUUUCUGAGGAAUUUGAGUAUGUUGGAUACCUUGUGGUACUAACAAAUAUGUUUCCUAUUAUACUCUCUUGGAUACCCUGGUUAAAUGAAAUCUACAGCAGAGAAUUAAAACUCAGUAACUACUCUUUUCUUACAUAUUAUAUUCUAGAGGCACUACUUAAGAUAGCAGCAAUGAGGAAGGAUUUUUUUUCACAUGCCUGGAGCCUAUUUGAGUCAGCAAUUACAUUAAUUGGCAUCUUAAAUAUAAUACUUGAUGAAAUAGACACCACUAAGUAUAUUUCUGAUGUGACUCGAGUAAAGGUCUUUAUAAAAGUUGUUCUAUUUUUUCGUAUACUACGCAUUUUCAAGCUCAUAGCACCAAGGUUGCUGCAGAUAAUAGAUAAAAGAAUGAGUCAUCAGCUGACCUUUUGGUAUGCAAUACUAAAAGGGUAUGUCCAAGGCGAAGCAGACAUAAUGACUAUAAUUGAUCAGAUUACAAGUUCUAAACAGAUUAAACAGGUGUUACUAAAGCGAGUGAUAAGGAAUAUGGAAGAUGCUAUGAAGGAGCUAGGCUACUUAGAGUAUGAUCACCCAGAAAUUGCUGUCACUGUGAAAACGAAGGAGGAAAUUAAUGUUAUGCUCAAUAUGGCUAAGGAAAUUGUUAAGGUUUUCAGGUUAAAUGGAAUUAUUCACAAAACUGAAGCUGCUGAAAUUAAUAAGUUAAUCAUGGCCAAAAAGAGAGAGGUGCUUGAUUCUCAAUCUUUUAUCAGUCCUCUUACCAUUGAAGAAGUCCUAUAUCAUAUUCCAUGGCUAGAUAAAAACAAAGAUUACAUAAACUUCAUUCAGGGAAAAGCCAAAGUUGUAACAUAUGAUUGUGGAAAUGAUAUAUUUAAAGAAGGUGAUGAGCCCAAAGGAAUCUAUAUCAUUAUUUCAGGCAUGGUAAAGCUUGAAAGAUCAAAGCCAAGUUUGGGGAUUGAUGAAAUGUUGGAGUCAGAGGAGAAAGAUUAUCCAAUAAUUAACUAUGCACUCAGUGGGGAAAUAUUAGGAGAGAUAAGCUGCUUAACUAAUGAACCUAUGAAAUAUUCUGCCAGCUGCAAAACUGUAGUGGAGACAUAUUUUAUUCCCAAAACUCACUUGUAUGAUGCUUUUGAGCAAUGUUCUCCUGUCAUUGAACAUAAAAUGUGGCUAAAAAUUGGACUCGUUAUUACAGCCAGAAAAAUCAGAGAACAUUUGUCUUAUGAGGAUUGGAACUACGAGAUGCAACUUAAACUCUCUCAUAUUUAUCUAGAAGACAUACCAAAGAGCACCAAAACUGAUAUCUGUGAUGAAAAUUUAAUCUAUGUUAUCCUCAUACAUGGAGCUGUAGAAGAUUGUCAGUUACGAAAAAUUUAUAGAGCACCUUUCUUAAUUCCUACCACAUGCCAUCAGAUACAAGGUACGGAAGAUUUCACAAAAGUAAUGAUUAUUCAAACUUCAAUUAAUAUGAAACCAAGCAGAUGGAAUACUAGAAAGUUUAUUUCUAAACAUAAAACUUCUCUUAUACCAGAAUUACGUGAGUUAGAUUUCUUUGAGCAAUUGUGA